CGACAGCGCAGGCCAUUAGUUGGACAUUAUAUAUGUUAGGACUUCAUCCCGAUAUACAAACUCGGGUUCGAGAAGAAGUGGAUUCUGUGAUGGAUCUGCACUCCGACGACGAAGACUGCACUAUCGACGACACAAAACAGAUGAAAUACUUGGAGUGUGUGCUCAAAGAAGUGCAACGUCUGUAUCCGACCGCACCAUUCAUUGGGCGCGAGUUAAGCGAAGACACUGUCAUAAAUGGAUAUUUGGUGCCCAAAGGCACGUCAUGCGGAAUAUUCACCUAUAUAUUGCACAGAGACCCGGUGUCGUUCCCAAACCCGGAGCAAUUCAUUCCCGACCGUUUUCUGCCGGACAACUGUGUGGGUCGACACCCGUACUGUUACAUCCCGUUCAGCGCCGGGCCUCGCAAUUGCAUCGGACAGAAGUUUGCUUUCUUAGAGCAAAAGAUUGUGGUCUCAAAAAUUGUCCGCAAUUUCCACAUCUCAGCCGUCGAUCAAAGAGACAAACUCUAUAUCGUCGGCGAAAUGGUUUUGCGGACCAGAAAUGGUCUCAAAUUAAUCAUUACUGAAAGGAAUAGGAAUAAAGUGGUAAAAACAGAGCCCAAGACUGAUUGCCUGUCGUCAAAGUCUCUCUAA